CGGAUUGUCAUCGGAUGAACUUAAAAGGCGGAUUUGAUGACUAACGCCGUAAUGGCAUGUUGGCGUUUCCUCGGCAACCCGCUUUUACCGCCUUUUAUCCACAACGAUAAAUAUAAUACAUCCUUUUAUCCACAUCGAUAAAUAAAAGUGUAUCGUGUCAAUUGUUGCGUUGUGAUAAGUUUUUCGUAGUUUACGCAAAAAUGUUGAAAUUUUUGGUUAGUGCGUUGUUGGCGUCGACGUGUGUACAAUAUGCCACAGCCAUCCGCUGCUACGACUGCACCAGCGUGAACAACACCAUGUGCCUGGACCCGAGCAGCUACGACCAGGAGACUCUCCGCCGGUUCCUGGUCUUCGCGGAGUGUGGGCAGGGCGUCAUAGUGCCGCAGAACUACUUUUGCAGGAAGAUUGUACAGACUAUCUACCACACAAACCGCGAGUCUGAGUUCCGCAUAACGCGCGGCUGCGGCUGGGUGCGCGCUCCGCAAAACCUCGACUGCUAUAAGGCCGACAACCACGAUCAUCUGGAGACGGUCUGUCAGUGCUUUGAAGAUGGGUGCAAUGGGGCAACGCCUAUGGUGCCAGGGUGGGCAAUGUUCGUUGCUAGCGUUGUUCUCAUGUUAAUUAAAUUGUGUUAAAUUUA